GGUUUGACAUUUUUCAGUGGGCGGUUUGUCGCUGUCAGUGAAAUAGCUGGAGGUCCGCGGAGUUUAUCAGCCGCAUGGCUAGCCUCUGGCUAACGUUAGCUUCGGCUAGCUGUACCGACUGGAGCGAAGCGCCCGAGACCACCUCACCCUACACAACCCCCGGGUACCUACAGCUACCCAAGUGAUGGCUCAGCGCCUGGCUUGCCGCUAUCCAUUACGUGACGCUUUAUUAGCACGGAAACCACAACUUGACUAAUAACAGGCUAAUUACUCCACCAGUUUACCCCAUAUCAACUGCGCGACUCUGUGAUUUUAGCCGGUUUCAAAUGCGUUUCUGAGCUGAACCCUGAAACCGCAGCUCCAGACAGAUGCCGCAUUCCCUCUCACGUGAAAAUGCUCCACGCUCAAGUCGACACAUCUACUCACAAUUUGAUUAUAACGACAACAACGUCAGCUCCUGUGCCUGUAUUGAUAUCGGGAGGUGUUUACUGACCGGUUCAAGCCAGAAUUAUUAUGGCUAGCUUAAUUGGCUUACAGUGGCAACUGAGUGGCAGUUAGCAAGCGGGGAUCACUAUCAGCGGGGCUUUGCUUAAGUUGCUGCUCGGGACUAAUUAAGGGGAUGUUUAUCCUAAUUAAUGAAGGCGUGUUUGGCUAUAUGUGUGUCCCUCUGGGUCAUAUUGAUUACAGCUGAAUUAACGUGACUACUCGUGACAGCAUUGGCAGCUAGAAAGACAUUUUUAUCUCCAAGGUGCAUGCCAGACAGAUUUUAGGCACAGAGGGAGCCGAGCUUGCUGCUAUCCUGAGCCGUAGUCCUCAUCCGCAGGAAUCAAGAAUCACUGUAGGGAGAGAAGAUACUGUACAAAGCGCAGAAACACUAUUUCAUAUCUGUUUAAUUGGAAGAAGGGAAAAAUUUCAACUCUUUGUGUUUGAGUACUUAUCAUCUCUGAUAGCUGCUUUGAGCUGGUACGCUACACAUUCACACAUUUAAGGAAGCUGUACUUCUGUGUCACUCAGUAAUCCACUACAUUUUAAACACUAUCAGAAAGACACUCGUAGACACAGAACGAGACCUGUUGCAGAUCUUCUUUCACAUGCCUGGUGGCAGCCGACCACUUUGCUCCAAUGGAGAAUCGCAGCAGCAAAAGAACAAAUUGUAGAGGCCGCCGUUACCUCAGCAUCACCUGGGAGAUAGCCUAGCCUAGCCUAGCCUAGCUCAGCUCAGCUCAGCUCAGGUCAGCACAGCCCCGCCAGCUCGUCCUUGACUCCUCAACCCCAUCCUUCUCCUCCUGCGUCCCACGCAACACCCCCCUCUUCCCUCUCUGCUUUUUUCCAAGUGAGUUGCCAUGGCAUCGGUGCGCUUCACAGUGACGCCCACUAAGGCAGAGGACCUCCCGGGGCUGUCCGACACAUCGCCUGACAUCAGCUCCCGCUCCGGUGCCCGCGUGCGCUUCGGCUCCAGGGAAAGCGUCAAUCGAAGUGACCCGCUCAGUGAGGCGUCUGGAGGCUGGACGACAACUGCGGGAGGAGCGGAAACGCCGGACCACAGCACUGUGGAUCAAGGUGACGGAAAUUCCAAAAUCUCCAGUGUGUACAUCAACAACACUCACGGGGUGGACGACGAUGACUUCUACGACAGAAACUUGGCCUUAUUUGAGGAGGAGAUGGACACUCGGCCAAAGGUGUCUUCUCUGCUUAAUCGCCUGGCCAACUACACCAACCUGACGCAGGGGGCCAAGGAACACGAAGAGGCUGAAAGCAUCGGCGAGAAGAAGAAACCUGGCAAGUCACCACAGAUGGGGACGUUUAUGGGAGUCUACCUGCCCUGCCUGCAGAACAUCUUCGGCGUCAUUUUGUUCCUGAGGUUGACCUGGGUGGUGGGAACUGCUGGGGUGCUGCAGGGCCUCUGUAUUGUCUUCAUAUGCUGCUGCUGUACGUUGUUGACGGCAAUAUCGAUGAGUGCAAUCGCCACUAAUGGAGUUGUACCAGCGGGAGGCGCCUACUUCAUGAUCAGUCGCUCUCUGGGUCCGGAGUUUGGGGGGGCGGUGGGCCUGUGUUUCUACUUGGGCACCACCUUCGCCGGAGCCAUGUACAUCCUGGGAGCCAUCGAGAUCCUUCUGAUGUACAUAGCACCUAAGGCAGCCAUUUUCGAGUCCAAGCACCCUGAAGGCGAAGGCGCAGCCAUGUUGAACAACAUGCGGGUCUACGGCUCCAUCUGUCUCCUCCUGAUGUCCCUGUUGGUCUUUGUGGGCGUGAAGUACGUCAACAAACUGGCCUCCAUCUUCUUGGCCUGCGUCAUCGUCUCCAUCAUCUCCAUCUACGUCGGAGCGCUGGUCUCCGCCUUCAAACCGCCACAUUUCCCUGUGUGCAUGCUGGGAAACAGAACGAUCAGCGGCCAUGAAAUUGAUGACAACCAGUGUGCGAAAACCGUCCUGCUGCAGAUCAAAGAGCCAGUGGAGAGAGCUGACGAGAACUUCACAACUGUUAGUGAAAACAGCACUGUGGGUCCGACUGUGGGUCCGACCUUUGACCCCAGCCCUGCUCCUGAUCUGGUCGAGAAGACCACAUAUCUCUGGAAGCAUUUUUGCCAGGGCCCUGAACUCAACGCUACCUGUGACGAUUACUUCAAUUCCAACAAUUUUACAGAGAUCGAAGGGAUCCCCGGAAUGGCCAGUGGGAUCAUUUCAGAGAACCUGUGGAGCUUGUACCCCAGCAAAGGGGACGUGGUGGAGAAAAGCUCCCUCAGCUCCUCUCAUGAUGCACAUCCGGCCACCACUCAGCGGCCUUACGUGUUUGCUGACAUCACCACCUCCUUCACACUGCUGGUGGGCAUCUUCUUCCCCUCUGUCACAGGAAUCAUGGCUGGUUCCAACCGGUCGGGGGAUCUGAAAGAUGCCCAGCGCUCCAUCCCCAUCGGCACCAUUCUCGCCAUCCUCACCACCUCCAUCGUCUAUCUGACUAGCGUUAUCUUGUUUGGAGCCUGCAUUGACGGGGUGGUCCUCAGAGACAAGUUUGGAGACUCAGUUAAAGGGAACCUGGUGGUGGGGACUCUGGCGUGGCCGACCCCUUGGGUCAUUGUGAUUGGCUCUUUCUUCUCAACAUGUGGCGCAGGCCUCCAGUCGCUAACAGGCGCUCCCCGACUCCUGCAAGCCAUCGCCAAGGACAACAUCAUCCCCUUCCUUCGGGUGUUUGGCCAUGGGAAGGCUAAUGGGGAGCCCACCUGGGCCCUGCUGCUGACGGCCCUGAUAGCUGAGCUGGGGAUUCUCAUCGCCUCCCUGGACCUGGUGGCUCCCAUCCUUACAAUGUUCUUCCUGAUGUGCUAUCUGUUUGUGAACCUGGCCUGUGGUCUCCAGACCCUCCUGAGGACUCCCAACUGGAGGCCGCGUUUUUCCUAUUACCACUGGACUUUGUCGUUUUUGGGGAUGACUAUCUGCCUGGCGCUCAUGUUCAUAUCCUCCUGGUACUACGCAAUUGUUGCCAUGGUGAUCGCCGGCAUGAUCUACAAGUACAUAGAGUACCACGGAGCGGAGAAGGAGUGGGGGGAUGGGAUCCGCGGUCUCUCGCUCAGCGCUGCCCGAUAUGCCCUCCUGAGGUUGGAAGAGGGACCACCGCACACCAAGAACUGGAGGCCCCAGGUGUUGGUCUUACUCAAACUGGACGAGGACGCCCACGUCAAAUCUCCUCGCCUGCUGACGUUUGCCAGCCAGCUGAAGGCGGGAAAGGGCCUGACCAUCGUUGGCACGGUCGUCUCCGGCAACUUCCUACAAAGCUACGGCGAGGCCCUCGCUGCCGAACAGACUCUGAAGCAUCUGAUGGAUAAGGAGCGCGUGAAGGGCUUCUGUCAGUGUAUCGUGGCUCAGAAGCCGCGUGAAGGUAUCAGCCACAUGAUCCAGUCCAGCGGCCUGGGAGGAAUGAGGCCCAACACGGUGGUGAUGGGCUGGCCUCAUGCCUGGAGGCAGAGCGAGGACCCACAGUCCUGGAAGACCUUCAUCAACACAGUGCGGGUGACCACGGCAGCCCACUUGGCCCUGCUGGUCCCCAAAAACAUCUCUCUGUUCCCCAGCAACAGCGAGCCCUGCGCAGAGGGCUACAUUGACGUCUGGUGGAUCGUCCAUGAUGGGGGGAUGCUGAUGCUGCUGCCCUUCCUGCUGCGCCAACACAAGGUGUGGCGCAAGUGUGGGAUGCGAAUCUUCACAGUGGCCCAGAUGGAGGAUAACUCCAUCCAGAUGAAAAAGGAUCUGGCAACCUUCCUUUAUCACCUGCGCAUUGAGGCUGAGGUGGAAGUCGUCGAGAUGCAUGACAGCGACAUCAGUGCAUACACCUAUGAAAGGACCCUGAUGAUGGAGCAGAGGUCUCAGAUGCUCAGACAGAUGCGACUGUCUAAAUCAGACCGGGAAAAAGAGGCCCAGCUGGUGAAAGACCGGAACUCCAUGCUGCGGCUGACGAGCAUCGGAUCGGACGAUGACGAUGACACAGACGGCGGGGAGCGCGAAAGGGCGACGAGCGCCGGCGGCAGCACCGAGCAUCAUCGGAGAGUUCAGAUGACCUGGACCAAAGAGAAGACCUCGCAGUACAGAGCCACGCACUCUGGUUGCUCCACACCGGAGGGCUUCAGAGACAUGCUCAGCAUCAGACCGGACCACUCCAACGUCAGGCGCAUGCACACCGCUGUGAAGCUCAACGAAGUCAUAGUCAACAAAUCCCACGAUGCCCGGCUUGUCCUGCUCAAUAUGCCGGGACCACCCAAGAACACGGACGGAGACGAGAACUACAUGGAGUUCCUCGAGGUCCUAACAGAAGGUUUGGAGCGCGUCCUGUUGGUCAGAGGUGGAGGAAGUGAAGUCAUCACUAUCUAUUCCUGAUUGGACAAAAUGGAGGAAGCCAGCGUUAAAGACGCAGCCAGUCCCACAGGAGUGAGCGAAGGGAGACGGUGGGGGCCUAUGUGCUCUUAGGGGGGGCGUUUGCCCCAAGAGGAGAGACUGUCAUUGGCUGCAGCGUCAGCCGUCACGCCCAACACCUCCCCCACUCCUCAGCCCUUUUACUUUCAUCUUUCAGGGUUUCCAUUCCACUUAUGUCAAGCUACAGAAAUGCCAACACAAUUCCACGAACGAGCAAAAAAAUAAGAGUGAUCAGCUGUGUGUGUGUGUGCGCGCGCAUGUGUGUAUGUGUGAAAGUCAUCCACCUGAGGGAGGGUUGGUUUGUCGGAGAAGGGGACCAGUGUUGUUUCAGGUGCGUUCGGGCUGGUGGACCAGCGAAUGAGAGGAAAUGUGAAGCGUCCCAGAAACGGAGCAGUCGUUCCACUGACGAGACUCAGGGUUGCUUUUUGUACAGAAUGUAUUUUGGAAGCGGAUGUGAGUGCUGAGAGGAGGCUGAAUGUCUGACUGGUGUGUUUUUUGUUGUUGUUUUUUUUCUCCUUGUGAAGUUUACUACAAUGCUACAUCAAAACUGGAAACGUAAUUCUGCAUCAAAUGAAGUGAGGAGCCUUUAGUUUUAUACCUGCUUAACGGUUCAUUUAAGGAAAAUCAGUGUCCGUCUGUGCCGUCUCCUCACUAGAAACUGUAACGUUUUUAGGGGAUACAGGGAAAAUGGUUAUCAUUUAAUUACAUAUCAUUAGUGGCCUCCUUUCUUUGCGUAUCCACCAUAUACAGCCGUAUAUGCACAGACCUCAGAAUUUGUUUUAUUCAAAGUGAAGCUCAAAGUGGAGACUGAAUUAUGUUUUAAUUCUUGUGUGUUGGUCUGAACUUGCUGCUCUUUCUCAGAAUCUGUUCUCUUGUAUGGAAGCCCAUUUUUGCCAUGAAAAGUAAAAAAAAUCUAAACAAAAUGUUGGUCAUGACGGAAAUAAAAAUGUUUUUAUUUGUUUAGUUUUAUUUGGUAUCUCUUAAUGUUCAGUCAUCAAAAGUUGGACUAUAAAUCUGGCUUCCAAAGUAGGAAUUAUGAAAUAAAAUAGUCAAGAAAAAAACUUAAAAUGACAAAAAUUUGAUAUAAAAACUAAAAUUUGAGAUUAAAAAAGGCAAAUUUGAGGGAAAAAAGAAAAUUUGAGAUUUAAAAAAAGCUUUCUCAUAAAACAACAAAUUUGAGAUUAAAAAAAGGGGCAAAUUUGAGAUUUAAAUAAGACAAAUUUUAAAAAUAUUUUUGAAAAGGAUUUUUAUUUAGAUUUUUAAAUAUUAACUUAAAUUUCUGAGAUACAAACGCAAAUUGGAUUUUAAAACUAUUUUUUAGAUAAAAUGACACAAUGAAAGAAAAUUUCCAAAUUUUUGGAAAAAAAAAAAAAAAGUCCAGUUAAUGAGAUAAUAAGUAUGACUUUUUUCAAUCUCAUAUUCUGACUCUGUCACUCUGUCUUUUUGCCUUUCUUAGUAAAAAUGGGCUCCUAUACACCUGUGACAUCAUCUCAUGAAAACAAAUUUACAGAUUUACCAAGUGACAUAUCUUUGUCUGCAAAACAGUCAACGUUUAGCAGUGUGCUCUGCUGUUAAUGGUGUCAACUGUGCGAUGGACAUUAGGACUCCAUUACUUAUAUCAAGAGAGGAACGAGACGUCUUUAUACUACACAUUUAUGGAUUUGUGAUGUCGGCCAAGACCCCAGGAAAACCAAAAUUAAACCAACGAUAAGAAAACUAUCGGUCUUCUCUGAGUCACGCUAUAAACUGGCCCACGUCGGACUGCAUGUGUCAUGUUCGUGUGUUUGAGUAAAUGAUGGCAGCGUCGUCGUGGUUGUUGUGAAGGCCUCGGAAAGAGAAGAAAGAAACAGUAUUUUUGACACACUGGAUCAUCGUGGGGAGAACCACUGCACUGCAUGCUGUCAAAAUGUCACCGUCACCUGGAGAGAAGUGUGUGUGUGCAUGAAUGAUUUAGUCUGUUAUUGUGUUUUCAUCUCUUCAACUGAGAAUAUUGGCUGCGCUGUGUAGUGUGAGCUUGUGCCCUGAAACUCUCCACCUCACCAUUCACCUAAACUAACCUGCGGACAUCAUGUGUAUGUCUGAAAGUGUGUGUGUGUGUGUGUGUGUGUGUGUGUGUGUGUGUGAACAUGAGCUUGUUGCUGAAGUAAGGAGCUGUAAACUAGAGGUGUUUGAUUCCACUCUAAUGCUUUUUGUUCUCUUUCAUUUUUUUACAGUGUUAUCGUGCAGGGAUUCUUUUACGUUCAUUGUUAUUUCCUAAACUUUUUUUUU